AUCAUCACAAAUUCAAAAUGGCGGACGGAUUAAGUGACGAAUAUUUAAACGAAAAAAUAAUCAAUAAUAACAUGAAAGAUCUGACUUCAUAGUUAAUCUUUACUGGAUAAAGAAGAUGUGUUUAACAACAUCAUGGCCUUUCUGUCGUGUGGCCAUGGAGAAAAUUUCUUGGAAGAUAGAAAGUUCAGUGAUUGUUGCCGCGGUUGGAGGAGCGAGUAAUCUGUGGCUGAAGUGGCUGAAUACUGUAAGAGUUCAUAAUCAGAUCACACUAGACCAGUGUACAGCUGAUCGUCCUGAUGGUGUACCACUAGUCACUGUAUCCAAUCAUUAUUCAUGUUUAGAUGAUCCUCUCAUGUGGGGAAUAUUAAAACUGAAGGUGCUUUUUAGUAGAGAAAAACAAAGAUGGACAUUAGGAGCCAAAGAGUUAUUAUUCAGCAAACCAUUGCAUGCAUUUUUAUUUAGCAGAGGAAAGGUAAUACCAGUAGUGAGAGGUGAAGGUGUUUAUCAAAAGGGAGUGGAUUUUGCUUUAGAACAGCUCAACCAGGGCCAGUGGGUCCAUGUUUUCCCAGAAGGAAAGGUUAUUGAGGAUGGUUCUCUUGUUCGACUAAAGUGGGGUGUUGGUAGAUUGAUUGCAGAGUCAAAAGUUACACCAAUAGUAUUACCCUUAUGGCACGUAGGUAUGGAUGACAUAUUACCUAACCAAAAACCAUACAUCCCACAAAUAAUGAAAAAAGUGACAGUUUUAGUUGGUGAACCAAUAAAGUUUGAAGACAUUUUGAAGGAUUAUCAGAAAAGAAAGAAAAGUGCUACUGAAGCACGAAAACACAUAACAGAUGUUAUUCAGUGUCGCUUCAAGGAACUAAAGGAAGAGGCAGAGUUUAUUCACAGCAAGUGGAGCUGACCUUCAAUCAAUCAAUGCUUGACUGCAAAUAUUGAAAUAUAAAUUAUGAUGGUGUCAUACCACUGGUCCAUACCAUUACUACUACUAGAGUCUGAUGUGCCUUUUACGGCAAAAGUAUGACCAGAUAUAUAGUAUUUGCAUAAUUCUAUGCACAGGUUUUUGUAUGUUAAACAUACACAUUUCGAUGCAAAACAGGCUGGUUUUACCAAAUAAGGCAUGUACAGGCUUGUUUGGCAGCUAAAAACAUGGUCAUACUUUAGUGCCUCGCUCUGUCAUAUAGUGGUAGUAACACCAUUAUGUAAAUACUUGAUAUUUUCUUGUUUAGGGAUGAAGGAUGUAUAGUUUGUUUCAUACAAUUUGGAAUAUCUUUUUUUACAAUGUACAGUAAUUUUAUGAUCAUCAAGUUAUGCUACUAACAACCAGCUUGACCAUCUGCGUUUAUUUAAUAUAUAACAUAAAUAAAAAAGGUUCAACUUUCUCGUACCCACACCUAGCAAGGUUUUAGUUUAGUUUUUUCUCUCUGGUGUUUCAACUUAGACUCUCUUCAUCACCUUAUCUUUUACAGCCAAGAGGAGAGUAAGUUGCAGUAAUAAAAGUUCCACAUGUCCAUACUGUCAGUAUUAUACAUUGAGAAUUUUCAGUCAUCUACAAUGGGUUCUUGUACAAGGAGUUCUCUAUUUUCAUAAGUCCAAAAGCCAUUCAAGUCUAUAAGAAUGCUCGCUACUGUUUCUCCUUGAGAACUGUGGAAAAAUAAGAAUAUGGAUAUAAUAAAACAAUGACGUAUGCAACAA